AUGCUGGAGAGCAUGUCCCGCCGCUCUCGUUCCCUGCUCUCCCUGACCUUGACCACGCUGGCUCUGGCUCUCUCCAUCCUGGCUCUCUGCACCUCCUACUGGUGUGAGGGUACCCAUAAGGUGGUCAAGCCCCUCUGCCUCUCGCCUGUCAAGAUGAAGAACUGCGGUCAGAACAACAGUGAGCCUUACACCACAGAGAGCCCCACUCAGAACCCAUUCAACCGCACACUGUCUCCAGCCAGGAGGGAGGAGCUGGCCAAGAUUAGACAGAGGCAGCUGGCUAACGCGGUCCACUACAUCUGGGAGACAGGGGAGGACAAGUAUGCCUUCAGAUACUUCCACACUGGCUUCUGGGAAAGCUGCGAGAAACACAGUGAUGGUGAGAAGUGCCGCAGUUUUAUAGAGCUGACUCCAGGGGAGACACAAGGUGUGCUGUGGCUUUCCGUCAUCUCAGAGUUCACCUACAUCGGUCUGCUUGGGAUGGGUUUCCUGCUGAUGUGGCUGGAGGUGCUGUGUUCCCAUAAGGAGAUGCACGCCCUUAAAAUCAACGCCUAUGCAGCCAUCUGCACCGUGCUGUCAGGUCUCCUGGGGAUGGUGGCCCACAUGAUGUACACCACAGUGUUUCAGAUGACGGUCAUUGUGGGCCCUAAAGACUGGCGGCCCCAGACGUGGGACUACGGCUGGUCAUUUGCUCUUGCCUGGGUGUCCUUCAGUUGCUGUAUGGGAGCUGCAGUGGUCACGCUCAACUCCUACACUAAGACUAUCAUCGAGCUCCGUCGGAGGCAGAGGCUCCGCUUGGAGGAGGCGAGAGCGGCCACUCAAGCCCCUUCCUACGAUGAGGUUGUUCCAGGGGGUGGACUCUACUCCGUCAGCGGCCUAUUGCAGUGUCCAGACGGCAUGAUCGAUGUGGCGUGGGCCCCGGAUGGCAGUGUGGUAGGAGUGGGAAAUGGGGAUGUGCCGACGCUGGUUUUGGUAGGGGGUUGUGGCCCCGAGGGGUGUGAGGACUGCGAGAGAGAGUUGGACGAGAUGGAGGAGACCAUGGACAAGGUUGAUUCACCCUGUUAGGAGAUCAAUCCCAUUGUCUCCAGGCUCCGAAAAACUGAAAAGGGAUCUGAGGAUGGCUCAUCAUAAGAAACCAGACCAGGACCCAGGCUAGGAUUGACUGUGUUGUUCUCUUCUCCAACUUUGACCUUCAGUGAACUUGGGACAUAGUAUGUAAGCUUGAAAGCCAACACCUGUGUACCCCGCUACACAUGUGCAGGUAUACUGACAUGCACGAGUCGCGGGCUUCGCCGUUAUUUUUCAGUGCCUAAUGGUUGGAAAUGAAACCUGUGUUGGUCUUGGUUCAUGAAUACAAAUGUUUAUAAUACUGGCUGUCAUCGGCUGAGCUGGUACUGUAUCAUAUGGACAGUCCAUUUUUGUUUAUUUAUUUGUCUUUUACCUGCUUGGACGGCUUCUACCCAGUCUCUCCUGUUAUGACACGACAGAAAAGCUUUUCCCCUGCAAAACAGACAAUAUCCUGUAUAUUGUGCUUGUUUAUCUGAGGAGGGACUGAAAGGCCCUCCCAGCA